AUGGACCUUGCUCCCGCCGGUCUUGACUUGAAACCGAGCCCACACCUGACCGAGGCCAUCGACCACAACGAUGACUGGACAGGGCUUUCUGACCCGGCUGCUCGCAGGAAGUUGCAGAACAAGUUGAACCAAAGGGCCAGGCGACGUCGUCAAGCACCCAACAAGUGGACCCCGGUCCAAUCCAAGAUCAACGAUGUGAGGCAAGGCCACCAAAGGGCUCAGGGACAGAGAUUCGGCACCGUGACACCUCCUGAUCAGCCUGCAAAUCCGAGGAUUCAGGCUGCCAUCCCAGCGACCACAGCCUUAGCCCUUGGAUUUGCCAGCUUGCAAAACGACGGGCCGCGAUUCCCGCGAUUCCGCUUUCCUCUUUCUUCCGAUCAUCUCAUCCACUUGAUUCAUCACAAUGUCUACCGAGCCAUGUUGACCAACAUGGUCACUCUCCGUAUAACGCCCUUUUUCACAUGUGAGCCUCGCUCGAGCCGGGAUGAAUGUGGAAUCAUCUCUGCACUCCCUCUGCCCGCUGCUGUGCCUCCACCGCUUGAACCAACUGCCUUACAACAGCGCGUUCAUCAUGCCGCUUGGAUUGAUCUGUUUCCCCUGCCUGCUUUACGAGAUGUACUCAUUCGUGCACAAGGCUCAUUCGAUGAGGAUGAUCUGUGCCUUGACAUCCUUGGGACCGUCAGCAUCAAGCAAGCGGGUCUCAACAGACCAUCCGACCCCUUUCGGCAAGACCUUGACACCAGUGGCGACCGCAAGGGGAUCGUUGUCUGGGGCGAACCUUGGAGCGUGAGUUCAUGGGAAGUCGAAGAAGGGUUUGUCAAGAAAUGGGGAUGGCUGAUUGGCCACGGCUGUGAAGAAUUGCAUCGCUCAACCAACAAAUGGCGAUGGUACAGAGGGGCAGAACGUAUCGACUGGACCAAGUUGAUUGUGCAAGACUGCAGCUAA